AUGAAAGAGUCUCAUUUCAAAUAAAAGAAGUUUCCGAUCGUGAAAAGAUUGCAAAUAAUAUGGCUAAUAAUAUUUAAAAGACAAAAGCAAUUUAAAAAAAAUAAAACUAAGAUAUGUAAUUAAUUAAGGAAUUGCUAACAUGUAUUUAUCUUGUUUAAUUAAAUAGAUUAAAAAGAGCUGUUAAUUCAGGGACACCUUUAAAAGUGGCGACAGUACUCUCAAAUUCACAUGGAAAUAGCUUAGUUAAAUCUAUCUUACAAAGAAAGUUCACAGGUACUUCGGGUUUAGGUUUAAAUUCUUCUAAAACUCCCUAAGUUACUAAAUUCAACAACCAAACACCUUUAUCUAAUAAUUAAAACAAAAAAUCUAACAGCUAAAAAACAAAUACUACAAAUUCUAAUUAACAAAAUUAAAAAAUAUAAAUUUAAGAAGAUACUCCUCUUUUAAAAUUUUGAAAACAAACUAUCAUUUCAUAACUAACAAAUAAAACAUCAAAUCUUUUAAUCUAUUUUUAUGUCAAUAAAUUAUGUUUAAUAAUAACUAUUAUAUUUUUUUUUUGGUAAAAAUUACUUAAUUCUAUAUUGUAUAUGCUAAUCAAAUUGUAUUUAUUAAAUUUUAAAGGAAAAUAUUUAAAAAAUCAAACAUCCAACAAAUUUUAUAAUUUAUUUUUACAUCAAUUAGUUAUGUUUAAUUAUAAAUGUAAUAAAGUAUUUUUGUAAAAAUAAUAUAGUUUUUUUCUUUAAUCAAUUUUUUACUAAUUAAAUUUUAAAACAUAAGUGUUUUCAAAUAAAUUAAAUGAUUCUACUUUUUAUUACUUAAUUUAAUAAAAUUAUUAAUGUUUUAAAAUAAAUAAUAUGA